AUCAUCCUCCUCCUGCUGGCCAACGGUUUGCUCAUAUUCAAGAAUGUCCGUAAAUGUGAUUUCAUGUACAAGCUAAAAACUCUGACAAUUUUAUCACUGGCCGUUGGAGAUGGACUUAUGGCCCUGUAUCCAAUGGCGGUGUUCACGAGAAUUUUGUUCAGCGAUUUCAGACCAAACUCUUGUAGUUUGAUUGCAACGUGCACCGUUUACAUGCCAUAUCUGAUUACUUUUGUGUAUGGUCUCGGAUUAAUGGUAUUAGGAUUAGAACUUGUUCAACAUCACAAAAUUUCAUCCUUAAGUAAAAACUCAAAACUCAUCUGUUCAUUGAUUGCCAGCAGUAUUCCGUGGAUUCUUGGACUUAUUAUCAUCUUACCUCUUGGUUUGGCUAACAUUGAUAUGGACACGUGCGAGAGGAGUCAGACUAUUGAUCAGUUCAAAGCCUUGAUUGUCUUAGGCAUUAUCCUGCCAGCAUGUGGUGCUGUCAUUACUUCUUUCAUUGUAAAGUGCAAAGACCAGGCCAGGUACCAACAAUUAGUGAGUAGCAACCCACAAGUCAUGGUUGAUUUAAAUACUCACAACGCGGCUUAUGACAAAGCCCCACUAAACGAACAAAAGGAAUCUACUCCAACAGCUCCAGGUAAUCCAUACCCACGGCCGUCAACGCUUGACCGUCCAACGUAUACGGUCGAACAGCAAUAUCUAACCCAUCAACAGCAGUUUUACGAGCCACCAUCGACACAGCCCUACGCCCUACCAACUCAACCACAUUACAUUCAUUGCGGUAACCAAGGUGGUAAUUUUAUCCUCGCCGCUACUCCAAUGGGAAUCAUGAGAAUUGCAGUAGAAGUCGCGAGCGAUUCAACGCAGAGACGUAACAGGCUUCUCGUCAUCUCAGUCCUCUAUUUCAUAUUAGUUACGCCUUUAGCUUUUUUCCUUCUCGGCUACUCUUUGAACCCAGACGCCAUACCGAUGGGAGUAGUGGCUUCAGUGACUAUAGGAAACAUAGUAUUCUGGCUCAAUGUUAUCAGAUCUGUCAUCACACCCAUUUUUAUGUACGGCUAUUCUGAUAACUAA